AGCUACUCGCUGUGCAACGCCUUCCAGUGGAUCGAGUACGGCAGCGUGAGCAACGUCUUCGUGCGCUUCUAUGGCGUGAGCGCCUUCGCCAUCGACUGGCUCUCCAUGUGCUACAUGCUCGCCUACAUCCCGCUGCUCUUCCCCGUCGCCUGGCUGCUGGACAAGCGCGGCUUGCGGCCCAUCGCCCUGGCCGGCUCGGCCCUCAACGGGCUGGGCGCCUGGGUGAAGCUGGGCAGCUUGAGGCCGCAGCUCUUCGGUGUCACCGUGGCGGGGCAGGUGGUGUGCGCCGUGGCGCAGGUCUUCAUCCUGGGCAUGCCCUCGCGCAUCGCCUCCGUGUGGUUCGGGCCACGCGAGGUCUCCACCGCCUGCUCGCUCGCUGUCUUUGGGAACCAGCUUGGAAUUGCUCUGGGCUUUCUCGUCCCUCCCAUUCUGGUUCCCAACGUGGAAGAUAAGGAGAAGCUGGCCCACCACAUCAGCAUCAUGUUCUUCAUGACAGCUGGUGUGGCAACAGCCCUCUUCAUCCUCGUUGUCAUAGUGUUCAAGGAGAAGCCUCCGCACCCUCCGAGCCAAGCUCAGGCCUUGAUACAGUCGAGGCCACCGGAGGAAUAUUCCUACGUGCAGUCGAUCGUCCGCCUGCUCCGCAACACUAACUUCAUGCUGCUCAUGGUCACUUACGGUUUGAAUACAGGGUGCUUCUACUCCCUGUCCACUCUGCUGAACCGCAUGGUGAUCCAGCACUACCCAGGGGAGGAGGUGAAUGCUGGCAGGAUUGGACUCACCAUUGUGCUCUCGGGCAUGGCUGGGGCCCUGAUCUCCGGCAUCUGGUUGGAUAGAACCAAAACCUACAAACAGACGACGGUAGUGGUUUAUAUCAUGUCCCUAGUGGGCAUGGUUGUCUACACGUUCACGCUGAGCCUGGGUUCCCUCUGGGUGGUCUUUGUGACGGCGGGCGUGCUGGGGUUUUUCAUGACGGGGUACCUGCCCCUGGGCUUUGAGUUCGCUGCCGAGUUAACAUAUCCGGAAUCAGAGGGGACAUCAUCAGGGCUCCUUAAUGUCUCAGCACAGAUCUUUGGUAUUGCUUUCACCAUCAGCCAAGGACAGAUCAUGCAUCACUUUGGGACCAAGGCAGGAAACCUCUUUCUUUGUUCCUUCCUGUUCCUGGGGACUGUCAUAACAGCAUUUAUUAAGGCUGAUCUUCGAAGACAGCAGGCCAAUUUGGAAAGUGAACAGACAAUGGUGGAGCCCUGUGGCUCUCGCUCAUCUUGCAAACCUGGGCUCCUGAAGUCCCACAGCCGAGAACAGAAAGCAAUACCUGAAGCAGGCACUGAUCCCAUCGUCCUUGAAGAGUCCAAGCUGUGAAAAGGAGGGGUGGCAGAGCUGCCCUCCCCAUUCCCACCUUGGCCACCUGUGUUGUUCUCCUGGCAUGCGUGCAGUAAGGCCUUGGGCAGCCUCGGAGCAGGAGCCCAGGGGAUUCCUUGCAAAAUGUGGGAAAGAGCAAAACCAAAAGAGUUGCUCUCUUCAGUUACACCUCUGCAUCUUGCCUUUGGAGACCUUCCUGCUUGAAGCAAAACUUGAGAAAAGCCACCUUUCCCCCCUCAUCAACCCAUCUACGUGCUCAGAAAAGCAAGGCCUCAUUUGCAGGUUAGACCUGAGCACAUGGGCCAGAGGAUACCCUGCACCUGGCCUGUGUUUCUCUCGCAGAGAAGCUGUGACAUUGAAGGUAAAAGCUGGACCACACUUAGUUUGCGAGCUACCCUGGAAGAAUUGUGGUCUGUUAUGAAGCUGGAUUGCUCUGCCUUGGUUCCCCUGAUGCUCUCCACACUGCAGAGGUGAUGCUGGAGCCCCAGCACCUCUCCAGCCAGUGCAGAGCAGCGCAGCUGCUGCUGCCACCCCAGGAUCUGUACGUGGCUGUCCCCAUUGCAACACUUGGUCUGUGGAUAAACCUCUACUGAGAAUUCCAUUAAUGUUACCCUGAUGCUCCUAUCUAUUAGGAGCAAUGGUGAGAAACCAGGAUGCAUCCUAGGCAGACUCCAGCUCAAUCUGCCUAGCAGCAACGUCUAGCUGCAGGGUUGAGUCUACAGCCUGACCCUGCCCAGCACCCCUCAGCAGCAAGGGGGGUCAAGCCACAAGCUCCCUGGACCAUGGGCCACUGAUGAUAAAGUGCCUUUUGCAUGUUUUAACCCAACAUUUUCUUUCGUGAAGUCCUAUAUUGAGAGAGCCAGGAUUGCUACGCUUCGUACGGCCACAGUGAGGUGCCGGAGUGAGGUGGGCACAAAGACUUGCUCCAGGGUGGAAGCUUCUUACUUUAUAAUAGGAAACUGGAACAAAUACCCCCCUUAUCAACAUGUGUGUUUUGCAAAUGUUACCUGACCACAGCUAUAGAUCCUUAUGUCCCUUCUCCUUCCUUUUCAGCAUCAGACAGACAGACAUUGCCCUGAUGGAGACAUCACAAAUUCCAUACUCAUUAAAUAAUGGAGUUGUGCACAAAUACUUUUGAAAAAGUAAAUGUUAAAGUAGAUGGAAAUAGCUCUCUUGGACAUAGCAUUUUUGAGGAAACUUUUGAUA